AGCCACAACGUCAACGAUCACUCGAGUGGUGCUUUUUCUCCUUCUUUUUCCAUUUCUGCUCCCGCGUGAUAAAACCCGGUAGCAUUGACGAGCUAUUUUGACCUAAUCAGAGAGGUCGAGGGGAGGAUGGAACAGGUACGAAGUUGUUCUGUGGGUGCAGUUCGCACAGCAGGUUUGGGAGUGAUGCCAACGUUCAAAGGAACACCCAAAUGUAGCCGUCCUUUUCAUGUUGUCUUAGGUGGCAAUGCUUGUCUCUGAGGAUGACCUGAGAUGAUGGGUCCUGGGUUGUGCUAGAGGCUGUCUCGGAGGGCACUCUUAUAAACAGACCAGUUAAAUACAAGAGCGCAGUAGCACCCCCACCUCAAUAUCUCACCUCAAUAUCUCACCUCAAUAUCUCGAUCGAAGUCCACCAAAAUGUUCGGAAAAGCCACUUUCAUUUACUUCGUCGCUCUUUUCCUUGGCUAUAUGACUCUCCUCGCUUCAUCAAGUCCCGUACCAUUUGUGCUCCCAAAGCAAGAUAUCUCAGCCUCCUACCAACAUGACGGUAUUAUUGCUCGUGAGCCUGAGCUCCCUAUAUUCGUAAAGCGCGAACGCUACUCUGUGCCCAAUUAUGCGUACGAGAGUGCUCAAAUUGAUACUGAAGAGUCACGUGAAGUUAAAGCAGAGGAUCUUGAUAACGUGCCAAGAGAGGAAGACUUGGAGGAGAGAAUAUGUCGUUUCGGCUGCAUCUAAUUGAGUGCAAACUACAAUGCUUUCGCUCACCCUGGCUCUGACCCGUAAUGUGUUAACGAAUCGCACUAACGGCUCCGUGCUGUCCAUUCAUUCGUGUUAACUUGACGUAACGCCCGCUACGUUGUCCGCUCUUUAUUUCGACCUUCAUUCCGGUUCUCGGUAGACCAGCUUGGACCUAGACCGUUGAGGACACUACUCCUAUUCCUUACUCUGUGCAAUCCGCUUGCACUUGCGUACUUGAUGCUCGCAGUGCUAGUUUAUUGUUGACUGCUGAUAUACCUUUCGUCAGAACCGUCAAUUUUCUUUACCAGUACCAACUUGAAGUCUCAUCAAUCUUCGUUCCAUUAUCAGAAUCCAGAUAAUAAUUAAUUUCUGUCAAGAUGGCAGAGAUAGUUUCUGUAGCGCUAUACGCCUCUGAAUAUAUAUCGUGAAACUAU